UAGCACACGAAAACGGUAGGGGUCUUUCAUUCUUGUUUUCCGUUCUGUAGAACUAUGACCUUCGCUCCGACCACCAUGUGCAACGAGACCUGAACAUCAUUACUUUUCUUGAGACAGCGGCCAUUUCUCUCCUUUUGCGUAUCGCGCGGCCACCAUGGCAGGACAAGUUCGCGAUGGAUCUUCUUCACCUCCAUCGAAGGAGGAUGGACGAGUUCGCAUGACUUUUGAGAGUACAGAAGAAGAUGCUUACGAGCUGUCGGAGUAUGCUGUUGCCAAGAAAUGGAGAGGGACGCCGGCGGAUAGGAAGGAUAUGUCGCAGCUGGGGCGCGUGCAACAGUUGAGGCGAAACUUCCAAUUCCUGUCCAUCCUUGGAUUCGGCUGCACACUCAUCGCGACAUGGGAAGUGUUGCUGACGACCAUCGCCUCCGUCCUGACAAAUGGAGGCACCGCCGGUGUGAUCUGGGGCUACAUUGUGGUUGUCUUCGGAUUCAGCUUUGUGUACAUGUCGAUCGCCGAGAUGACCUCCAUGUCUCCCACCUCCAGUGGCCAGUACGCAUGGGUCAGUGAAUUUGCACCUCAGCCAGCACAGAAGUUUCUCUCGUACCUGAUGGGCUGGCUGUGUUUCACUGGCUGGCAAUGCGCCAUCACGAGUAUCACUUACUUGGCCGGGACCAUUAUUCAAGGACUCAUCAUUCUCAACAACGACUCUUAUGUUCCGGAGAGAUGGCACGGAACCCUUCUUGUGAUUGCGGUGGCCGCCUUUGCUGUUCUCUUCAACACAGUUCUGGCCAAGAAGCUCCCCAUGGUCGAGGGCUUGCUUCUUAUCCUCCAUGUGCUCGGCCUCUUCGCAAUCAUUAUUGUGCUUUGGGUAUUGGCGCCUACUGCAAAUGCGAAGGAUGUGUUCACGCAGUUCACGAAUGCUGGAGGAUGGAACUCCAAUGGCACAUCCUUUAUGGUUGGCCUACUCACUCCGAUCAUUUCCCUGAUUGGAUUCGACUGCGCAGUACACAUGGCCGAAGAAGUCAAAGAUGCCGGCAAAACCCUACCGAAAGCCAUGCUUUGGUCCUUCGGCUUCAACAGCGUCCUCGGCUUCCUCAUGGCAGUCACCAUGUGCUUCACCCUCGGCGACGUAGACAGCAUCCUCGCAAGCAAAACCGGCUUCCCAUUCAUCCAAGUCUUCUUCAACGUAACACAAUCCUACGCCGGCGCCUCAAUCCUAACCCUCAUUCUCAUCCUAACCCUCACAUCCUCCGCCAUCGCCGAAAUCGCCACCGCCUCCCGCCAACUCUGGUCCUUCGCCCGCGACCGCGGAAUGCCCGGCCACACCUGGCUCUCCCACGUCACCCCAGGCUGGAACAUCCCUCUCAACGCAGUUCUAAUCUCCCUCUUGGUAACCUCUCUCCUCUCCCUCAUCAACAUCGGAUCCACAGCAGCAUUGAACGCAAUCCUCGCCUUAACAGCUGUCUCCUUAUUAACAUCCUACAUCGUCGUUAUUGGAUGCGUGUUGCUUAAAAGGCUGAGACGACAACCGCUGCCGAAUCGGAGAUGGAGUUUAGGGAGGUGGGGAGGGGUUGUGAAUGCUAUCGCGCUGUGUUUUUUGUUGAUGAUUUAUUGUUGGAUGUUCUUUCCUGCUGCUACGCCUGUGGAGCCCGAGAGUAUGAAUUGGGCAAUUGUUAUGUUUGUGGGGAUUAUGGCGAUUGCGACGGUUUGGUAUUUUGUUAAGGGGCAUGAGAGUUAUGUGCCGCCUGUGGCGCUUGUUAGGAGGGAGGAGUGGGAGAGGUAGAUAGUGAAAGAAGGCGGUGUAGAGGAGAGGAUGAGGAUGAGAUAGAAUUGUAGAAC